AUGGUGAGUCGCUCCAACGAGCACACGCGGAAGGCCAAGAGCCCGCAGGACGAGGCGCAGUCCUGGAAGGGCGAGGCGAAGACCGCCUGGAAGCAGGAGACGCACUGGCGCCAGGAAGCGGGGAAGAAUUUGACCGCGGCGCAGAGCGCGCUCACGAGAGAGAGGGUGAAGCUGCGCAAGAAUUUGGUGCGCUCGAAGGCUUUUGGUCGUGCCAAGGCUGCUGUUCGGGUUCCCGCAGAGAUGGACUUCUUCCGCGGGGAGGUCGGGGAGCCCUGGGCGCCCUGCAUCUUCGAUGACGGCGACCUCGCAGAUCAGCGGCCUCGCGUCCUCAAGGCCUUCCUUGACCCCACGCAGGCUGAGGACAUGACCUACGUGCGCCGGGGGGCCGCGAAGUUCGCGCGCGGCCAAGCGAGGCGGCUGGCGAAGUCGAAGCGUCGGGGCCAGCCAGGUUUCCUGAGAUUGGCUGUCAGGGUUUGUUGGUGUUUCCCAGAGGAGCGAAUCCUGCGCGCCGGUCGGCCCCGCGCUUCGUCGUUGCCCAGGUUUGGCGGCGACAACGAAUACAAUGCCAGCGCUGAACCAAAUAGCGAGGAGUGGGGGUUCGCGGCGACGUCAUCCGAUGCUGCAAAGCGGACCACUGCCAUCUUGGUGGACAUGAUUCGGGCCGCCUUCCCUAAGGGUAUGUCCGAGAGCAACUUAGGGGCCUUGCUCGAGCGGUGCAGCGUCGCCCUGAACACACAGCACACGUUCUUCUUCAGGCCCGCUGGCAAGGACUCGAUCGUUGAGAAGCUGCCCCUCAUGAGCAGUUACAUAACGGCCGAGGCGGGCAAGAUCUUGAUGCGGCACCUCAAGCACAAAAAGCGCCGCGACCAGGAGGAGCACGACAGGCCCCUCGCCUUCGAGAAGAAAGAUAUGCUCAAGCUCAUGGCCGAUGCGCGCGACGCUGCGGGCGCGCACGGCGAUGGCGGGGAUGGCGCCGCCGCCGCCGCCGCCGCGGGCGGCGCGCCAGCUGGCGCCGCGGCGCCGCGGGACGACGACUUGUUCGGCCGCCGCGGCGGCGCCGACGUCGCGGGCGAGGAGGACGCGUUCGGCUUCGGCGGCGGCGUGGACGCGACCGAGCCGACGCCGCCCAAAGGACUGACGGCGGCGCGGAACGCCCGCGUGGAGCAGCUCAUCAAGUCCGAGACCAACAAGGGCAUGAUUGUGCCGUGGCAGGCGGGCGCUGCCUCGGGGUCGAGCGGCGGCGCGAGCGCGCCGAAUGGCGAGGCGGCGCCCGCCGACGCCGCGCCCGAGGUGCAGCACCCGAUCGUCGGUUGCCACGGCGCUCUCCCUGAGGAGGACCAUCGCGAGCAGAUGGCGAUCUUCCACGGCCUCGCCAAGGCCUACCACGGCGCGCACGAAGACCUGGUCACCCCGCCCAGGAAGACCAGGAAGACGGGCUUGGCGCACGGCGGGCCGCUCUCGCCCGUCGACCUCCAGGAGCAGCAGGCGAUAUUUGCGUCGAUCGCGUCGCAGGCGCAUGGGGAAACCAUCGCGAUUGACGACGGAGACGUCGACUGGGACGCAGAGAUGGAGGCCAUGCUCGAGGCCGAUCAGCCCGGUGGCGAUGCCGAACAGCUUGGUGGUGGCGCGGCCGAGCAGCCUGAUAGCGAUGCCGACUGA